UAUAGUCAGUUACUAAUGAGAGAGCAUAUAAUAAAGACAAUGGUAACGGGUCCUACAGAACAAGGAAUGCAAGCUGAUGUUAUAUUUGUUAUUGAAGGGACGGCUGUUAACGGCGCAUAUCUCAAUGAUCUCAAAGCAAGUUACAUCAUACCAACAUUAGAGUAUUUUAGUCAAGGUGGCAUAGAAGAUAGGGAGUACAUCUCUGAGAAUAGUACAACAUUGUACGGGAUAGUUGUUUAUCACGCAGCUGAUUGUUUACCAGCACCAUGCACGGAGACAUUUGGUCCUUAUACAAAUCCGCACAAAGUAUCGAUAGUACUAGAUAAGCUUGAAAUGGUUGGUGGAAAGGGUGAAUCCUAUGCAAACAUAGGUGAAGGAUUGGCAACGGGAUUACAGUGUUUUGAAGAUUUGCAGCUAAAACGAGAGUCUAAUACAGCGUCUCAGAAACAUUGUAUUUUAAUAUGCAAUUCACCUCCGUAUCAAAUUAUGAUUCAAGAAUGUUACAAGUUUGCUGGUCAUACUAUUGAACAAUUGGCUACCAUUUAUCAAGAGAGAAAUAUUAAUAUCUCUAUAUUGUCACCGAGAAAGAUCCCAGCGUUGUUUAAGUUAUUCGAGAAAGCCGGUGGUGACUUGCAGUCGUCACAAACGAAGAAUUACGCCAAGGAUCCGAGGCAUUUGGUGCUUCUGCGCAAUUACAAUCUGAAAGAACGGCCCGUUAGCCCCGCGAUGAGCGGUAACGUUCACAAUGCCGCGGCUACCGCGGCGCAAAUUCCUCUGAGCCCGUUACAGAGCAACGACAGCCCGAACACUAAUCAGGUACAGCAGAACAUCGCUCCGCCGAGUCAACCGCAGGGCCCUCCCUUCCGGAAUCAAGCACCUCAAAACAUCACCUCCGUGCAUCAAACCGUGACGCCGUCCAUGGCGGCGCCGAUGAAUGCCGCGCGUCCCCCUUACAAUCCGCAGUUAGCCGCGCCGCCAAAUUAUCAUCCGGCAAGUUUAGGCCCGAGAGCGACGCACACCAGAUGGAUGCGGCCGCCAUUCAUAGCCCCCGGAGCGACUGCGCCUGCAAACACGCAGAACAGUAGUGCGCUAAUAGCGCAACUGACACAACCACCCUCGUUAGGACUCAAUGUGACUACGUUCGGCCAAAGAUUAGAUGUAGGAGGAAAUAACGUUAUGGCGCCUAAUCCACAACAGCAGCAGCAACUCACACAGCAACAGCAGCAACAAAUGCGACUGACGAUGCAAUUGCAGCAACAGAAUGCCCAGCAAGCUACAAUGUCCAUGACCGCCCAACCGACCCACAGCCAGCCAGGAUCGCAGCUUACUGUAUCUUGUAUGAGCCAGUCGGUGCCCACUCAAGUACCGCAAACUGUCACAGCUUCACAAGCACCGGUCUCAGUGUCUUCUGUCACGCAACAGAUUGCUCCUCCUCAGGCACAAGGCAACGUAUCCACCGUGCAAGGUACUGUGCAAGGUCAACAACUUGUGCAACGCGAACGGCAGAACAUCUGGCAAGGUAUUCUAGAGUGGAUCGAAAAAGCCAAGAAUCCCUCAGAUGCGCAAAAACAGACGAGACAUGUACCGUGUCAAGUAUCGGCUAAUUCGAAAGACGGGGAUCCAGAACUGAAAGCGGAUACCUGGCCACCAAAGUUGAUAAUGCAACUAAUGCCAAAACAAUUGAUAGGGAAUAUUGGUAGUUCCUACUUGAAAAAUUCCAAAUCUGUUAUUUUUCAUCCCACGCCGUGUGAAGCAUUAGAGUCUCUGACGAAAAUGAUGAGCGCCGGAUUUGCCGGUUGCGUUCACUUCACUUCAAAUCCGCCAAGCCCAGCUUGCGAAAUCAAAGUGCUUAUACUAUUGUACACUCUGGAGAAAAAAUCGUAUUUAGGUUUUAUUCCCAACGACCAGACAGCUUUUGUAGAUAGCUUGCGUAAAGUGAUACAACAGCAGAAAACGUCUCAUGCCUCUAUGAGACAAGGACAAGCCAAUCCUGGCCCAGGAAACACAAUCCCGGCACCCAUGCCUACCACAGGUACUCAGGGGGGUAUUCUGAUGUCCCAAACGAAUACUAUAGCAAUGGGUGGUGGUCAAAUAACACAGAACGUUAUAUCGAGCAAUGCUUCUCCGCAAACAUUAAGUUCGACUGUUCCGCAGACUCAAAUGAACAUGCAGAACAGCGGUAUUAGUGGACCACAGGCAAAUGCUGGCGCCGCAGGCAUGAUUACUCAGCAGAGACCUCCGUAUGAUGAUUUGGAAAUUGCCAGACAUCAGAAUUUAUUAAAAAUUCAACAUUUACGACAAACGUUAGAGGCUGCGCAACAGCAAGAGGCGCAAUACAAAUCGCAAUUAGAAGUAAAUAUUCAACAGAAUCUCGAGGUUGCGCAGCAACAGGAAAUGCAGUAUAAGCAGCAGCUUGAGGCGCAACAGGCACAGAGAGGCAUCAACCCGGCUGCCAUGGCUAACCAACAAGCCAACACUCAAAGGCUGAUGCGUCCUGUCUCUGCCAGUAAUCUCGGUCUUAGACAUUUAUUACAACAGCCACAACCACAGUAUAGACAACAAGUAUUUGGAGUACAACAGCAAAUGGUCGGACCAAGGGGCCAGAUAACAACAAGACCAAUGGCACCGGGCAAUACACAAAAUCAGCAGUUUGAAGAUGUGCCGAAUGACUUCAUGACUUUCUAAAUUUAAUUUUGUUAACAAGUGAUCUGUUAGUGUUUGAUCUUUGCACGGCCGGUAACGUGAAAAAUCAAAUGUCACGUCAAUCUUAACUCAUGAUAAUAUUAUUAUCUCAGAAUGAUAUUAUAGGGAAUAACAAUUUUCUAUUUUAUCUUUCAAGAAAAUGCAUGCAAGUGUCAGCCUUAGAUUUUGAUAAAGUUUAAAUAUUAGAUCAACACAAGCGUGCGCUACGCGCACGCUACUUAGCUAAUUAUUAUUAUAAAAAAUAUAUAAAAAAUCUCGGUAAUUAAAUAAGUAUUAAACUUAAAAAUUUUCUCUUCAUCAGGCUAAAAAUCUAUUUAUAAAUAGGCUUCUAUAUCCUAUAAUAUCGAGGAAGAAAAAUUCUUCUUGUUUCACUGUCUUUAAUAUUUUUUCUUCGACACGCAAACUGAUGAGCUGUCAGAAUUUCGAGCAUCGACUUUUUGUGCCAUUUUUAGAAAAGGAGCAUCAAGAAGUACAGUGACAUUUCGCACCAAAUAUGAGAUGCUACCAUAUACAUAUCUUUUAUCAGAAAUGAUAUUAUAGUUUAAGAUAAGAUAGGCAAUAUCUUUUUAUAUAUAUUAUAAAUCUCCUUAAGCAUAUUGAAGAGAUGAAAUAUACCCUUCGGGAAAAUUAAUCUUUGUUUUGGAAUAAAUAUGGCCAAAACGGUGAGAAACGAUACUUGCACGUGUUUUCUUAAGGUUUUGCAUUAGUCGCUAUGACUGUUCCUGUUUAAUGACGUCAGAAGCGAGAAAACGCAUGCCAAGAUUUUUUGCGUUAUAUUUUCAAGUAAAAAGAUUCACAAAAUGAUAUUUAUGAUCGAUUGAGCACAAAAGUUGUAAAAUUGGACGAACACUUACUCGAACAAUUAAUAAAUAGUCACAAAGUUAAUUCGACAUGGAACCUUUUUUUCCAAUCUCUUUUUUCAAGAUUUUGUCAAUAUUAAUUUUACGGCUACUUAUUGAUUGUUCGAGUAAAAGAAAAGUAUCCAAUUUUACAAGUUUGCCGAAUCGAUCACAAAUGUCAUUUUGCGGAUAUAUUUUUUAUUUGAAAGUAUAAUGCCAAAAAUUCUGGCAUAUGUUUUGUUGCUUCUGACGUCAUUAAACAAGAACAGUCACAGCGACUAUUCCGGAGCGUUGAAACAAAUUUUUGUAUUAAAUUUUUAGUUAAAUUUAUCAAAGAGUUUUUAAGUUAUUUAUUAUUUAUGCAGAAAAUAGUACAUAUAAUGGUCGAAGAGAAUUUUCUUCAGAAAUUUCAUUUUAUUUUAUAAACUGUAACUGUGUAUUAUCGAGAAUGUAUCACGUUCAGAUUUGUAUGCACGUGUAUAGUGUGUGUGAGAGGGCUGUUCAAUCAAAUAUAUAGAAGCCACGUCUCUAUGGAAA